GCUAACCGUGACGUCAUCUCGGUGCGCCCUUACAGCGCUUAACUGGAAACUGCGAUUUAGUUUUUGGUGAAAAGAGUGGAAAAAAACCAUGAACUGACCUACCCCACCCCAUUUUGCUUUUAGUCCUUCAUACUGGCUUCGCCUGCACUUUGGGCAAUGGAGCGGGAAAGGAAAACGCACGUAGGCUGAGCUCAAAGCGGCGCCAGCCGGGGAUGACUCGGCGACGCCGCCAGGCGCGCUACCCGGAGUGCUCCGCGCGGCGCCGGCGAAGGGACGUGGGGGAAGGGGCAGGGAGGAGGAAGCGGUGGCUGCGGCGGAUGUCGGUGUGAGCGAGCGGCGCCUGAACACACGGCGGCUGCUGAGCGCCUGACCCGGGCCUGCGCCAGAGCCUGCACCGAGCUCCGGGGCCCCACACCCGCUAGGGUGGCCCUGCGCCCGUUGCUACUGAGGCGGCGUGCUCUGCAUUCUUCGCUGUCCAGGCCUGCCGGCUCUGGUGUCUGCUGGCUCCUCCUUGCUCGCCUGCUCCCUCCUGCUUGCCUGAGUCACCGCCGCCGCCGCCGCCGCCACAGCCAUGGCCGAGAGUGGUGAAAGCGGCGGUCCUCCGGGCUCCCAGGAUAGCGCCGCAGGAGCCGAAGGUGCUGGCGCCCCCGCGGCCGCUGCCUCCGCGGAGCCCAAAAUCAUGAAAGUCACCGUGAAGACCCCGAAGGAAAAGGAGGAAUUCGCCGUGCCCGAGAAUAGCUCCGUCCAGCAGUUUAAGGAAGAAAUCUCUAAACGUUUUAAAUCGCAUACUGACCAACUUGUGUUGAUAUUUGCUGGAAAAAUUUUGAAAGAUCAAGAUACCUUGAGUCAGCAUGGAAUUCAUGAUGGACUUACUGUUCACCUUGUCAUUAAAACACAAAACAGGCCUCAGGAUCAUUCAGCUCAGCAAACAAAUACAGCUGGAAGCAAUGUCACUAUGUCAUCAACUCCUAAUAGUAACUCCACAUCUGGUUCUGCUACUAGCAACCCUUUUGGUUUAGGUGGCCUUGGGGGACUUGCAGGUCUGAGUAGCUUGGGUUUGAAUACUACCAACUUCUCUGAACUACAGAGUCAGAUGCAGCGACAACUUUUGUCUAACCCUGAAAUGAUGGUCCAGAUCAUGGAAAAUCCCUUUGUUCAGAGCAUGCUCUCAAAUCCUGACCUGAUGAGACAAUUAAUUAUGGCCAAUCCACAAAUGCAGCAGUUGAUACAGAGAAAUCCAGAAAUUAGUCAUAUGUUGAAUAAUCCAGAUAUAAUGAGACAAACGUUGGAACUUGCCAGGAAUCCAGCAAUGAUGCAGGAGAUGAUGAGGAACCAGGACCGAGCCUUGAGCAACCUAGAAAGCAUCCCAGGGGGAUAUAAUGCUUUAAGGCGCAUGUACACAGAUAUUCAGGAACCAAUGCUGAGUGCUGCACAAGAGCAGUUUGGUGGUAAUCCAUUUGCUUCCUUGGUGAGCAAUACAUCCUCUGGUGAAGGUAGUCAACCUUCCCGUACAGAAAAUAGAGAUCCACUACCCAAUCCAUGGGCUCCACAGACUUCCCAGAGUUCAUCAGCUUCCAGCGGCACUGCCAGCACUGUGGGUGGCACUACUGGUAGUACUGCCAGUGGCACUUCUGGGCAGAGUACUACUGCGCCAAAUUUGGUGCCUGGAGUAGGAGCUAGUAUGUUCAACACACCAGGAAUGCAGAGCUUGUUGCAACAAAUAACUGAAAACCCACAACUUAUGCAAAACAUGUUGUCUGCCCCCUACAUGAGAAGCAUGAUGCAGUCACUAAGCCAGAAUCCUGACCUUGCUGCACAGAUGAUGCUGAAUAAUCCCCUAUUUGCUGGAAAUCCUCAGCUUCAAGAACAAAUGAGACAACAGCUCCCAACUUUCCUCCAACAAAUGCAGAAUCCUGAUACACUAUCAGCAAUGUCAAACCCUAGAGCAAUGCAGGCCUUGUUACAGAUUCAGCAGGGUUUACAGACAUUAGCAACGGAAGCCCCGGGCCUCAUCCCAGGGUUUACUCCUGGCUUGGGGGCAUUAGGAAGCACUGGAGGCUCUUCGGGAACUAAUGGAUCUAACGCCACACCUAGUGAAAACACAAGUCCCACAGCAGGAACCACUGAACCUGGACAUCAGCAGUUUAUUCAGCAGAUGCUGCAGGCUCUUGCUGGAGUAAAUCCUCAGCUACAGAAUCCAGAAGUCAGAUUUCAGCAACAACUGGAACAACUCAGUGCAAUGGGAUUUUUGAACCGUGAAGCAAACUUGCAAGCUCUAAUAGCAACAGGAGGUGAUAUCAAUGCAGCUAUUGAAAGGUUACUGGGCUCCCAGCCAUCAUAGCAGCAUUUCUGUAUCUUGAAAAAAUGUAAUUUAUUUUUGAUAACGGCUCUUAAACUUUAAAAUACCUGCUUUAUUUCAUUUUGACUCUUGGAAUUCUGUGCUGUUAUAAACAAACCCAAUAUGAUGCAUUUUAAGGUGGAGUACAGUAAGAUGUGUGGGUUUUUCUGUAUUUUUCUUUUCUGGAACAGUGGGAAUCAGUGCUUUUCAUUUAAGGCUACUGCAUGCAUCACUUCUGCAUUUAUUGUAAUUUUUUUAAAAAUCACCUUUUAUAGUUGGGUGACCAGAUUUUGUCCUGCAUCUGUCCAAUUUAUUUGCUUUUUAAACAUUAGCCUAUGGUAGUAAUUUAUGUAGAAUAAAAGCAUUAAAAAGAAGCAGAUCAUUUGCACUCUAUAAUUUGUGGUACAAUAUUGCUUAUUGUGACUUUGGCAUGCAUUUUUGCAAACAAAAUGCUGUAAGAUUUAUACUACUGAUAAUUUUGUUUUAUUUGUAUACAAUAUAGAGUAUGCACAUUUGGGACUGCAUUUCUGGAAACAUACUGCAAUAGGCUAUCUGAGCAAAACACCUGUAACCAAAAAAGUGAAGUUAAGAAAAUACUCUUAAAGCUGAGUAUUUCCUAAUUGUAUAGAAUCUUACAGCAUCUUUGACAAACAUCUCCCAGCAAAAGUGCCGGUUAGUCAGGUUUGUUGAAAAUAUAAUAGAAAAGCUGAUUCUGGUUAUCUCUUUAAGGACAAUUAAUUGUACAGACACAUAAUGUAACAUUGUCUCAACAUUCAUUCACAGAUUGACUGUAAAUUACCUUAAUCUUUGUGCAGACUGAAGGAACACUGUAGUAUACCCCAAAGUGCAUUUGCCUAGGACUUCUCAGCUUCUCCCAUAGGUAGUUUAACAGGCAUUAAAAUUUGUAAUUGAAAUGUUGCUUUCACUGAAAAAGUGUCUUGAUGUUUCAGUUAUUUUUAAUCGCCAUAAAAAAAUAGAACUAUCUUUUGGAUUUGUCUGUUUUCUCAUGCACAGGCAAUACACAAAUUUAAAAUGAGUUGUGAGCCAAUUGUUUCUGAAGUGUUUUGGUAGUUCUAUUAAGAAAUAGUUAAAUAUUGUGCUUUUCAGAGCCUCAGAGAAAGGGGGACGGGGUGGGGGGGGGCGGGGCAGCGGAAUCUGUCCUGGAUGGGGCCAGCUUAAAUAAUACUGGCAACCAAGAUUCUGUUAGGAUUUCUGUGCAUAUAGUGUAGUAAAGAAGUAUCAUUCAGGGGUGAAAAACAAAGAGCCGUUUUAAUAAUGUUGAGUACAUUUGGCUGUUUUAUAGCCUUUUUCUUCCCUCCCCAAAGAAUUCUGUUUGCCUAACUCCCAAACUGUUGGGGUGGUACAUUCCUUUAGGACCAAUUAAAACAUAAUUGAGGGUCAGUGAUACAUUUGGCUGACUCUGGUUCAGUAUUCUCUUAGGUGAUUAUAUUCUUUCAUGUACAGUUACAGGAAAUUAAAAUGUUAAAGUAACCUAAAAUGAAUUCAGACCAAUAAAAUCAAGGGAAAUACAAGUUGAUUGCAUUACUUCUGUACGUUGCUUGCUAUUAAAAAGGUUAAGAGGCCAGGUUACCCACCAGUCCAUGCACUGUUCUGACACUUUCCCUAGGAGGAAAACAAGUACAAAGGUUACAGUGGAGGCAUGAGUAGAGGAGAUUGUUAAGAAGGGUAUUCAUGUGUCUUUGCUCUUUCUGCUUUAUGCCUCAGUUUGGUUUAAAAACUUCUGUACUGGCAAAUGGUGGUAUUCAAUGUGGGAUAGUGUCAUAACUAAUUUGACAAUUUAUUAAUCACAAAAUAACAAUAAAUCUCUAGCUUUUACACUUGA